AUGAAGUUUACCGACUCAAUCCUCCAUGCAGUAUAUGGUCUCCCACCGCCAACCAUCGGUACCCGCAAAGGCCAGAUGCAGGUACUAGCUGUGGGAAUCUCAAGAAGUGGAACUGACAGCCUCCGCGAGGCUCUACACGUCCUAGGAGUAAACCAUACCCACCACGGAUUCGACACAAUUCUCCCACCUUCAUCACUAGAAGCGAUAUAUAAGCUUCUGCAAAAAAAAUACACCACAGCCACAACUACUGGCACAGCCAAAAAGCUGACAGCCGAAGACUUCGACACAGUCCUGCUCAACAGCGUUGGCGUCAGUGAUCUUUUCGCGGCAGAAUUCGCGCUGGAGCUGAUCGAAGCCUAUCCCCAUGCAAAGGUCAUUCUGAAUGUCCGCCGCGAUCUUGACGGGUGGCAAGCGAGUAUGCAAAACACAAUGGGGUAUUUUGAUAGAAACCCCAUGGAUUGGGACUGGUGCAAAUCGUGGUUCAGUGCUGAACUAUUUUGGAUUCGUCAGACGAUGUCGAGAACCAUGAUGCCGCGAUUCUUUAGAGGGAGCUUCGAGUCGAAUGGCAAGUGGGUUUAUGAGCAGCAUGUUGCUAUGGUAAGAGGGCUUGGCCUGCCUAAGGAUCGCCUGCUCGAGUGGUCUGUGGAGGAUGGAUGGGAGCCUCUUUGCGAGUUCUUGAGUAAACCGGUACCUGCGAGCGAAUUUCCGAAUGGAAACCCUCCCAAGGCGUGGGCAGAGCGGAUUGCUAAGACGAUGGAGAUUCACCAUAGAUGUGCGGUGAAAAACAUGCUCAUAUUUGGGACUUUGGCUUUUGUUGUUGUAGUCUCUGUGGCUCUAGGCAUACUCUAG